AUGGACAACUUAUCAGGCUUAAAUGGGAAGACCUCCAUGGUCCCACUGGAGGUUCUCCUCAUGACCAAAGUGGGAGGUGGACCAGCCUCCGAAGGCACUUCUGCAGCAGUCUCACUUCUAGACUGGUAUGACCUUGAGCAGGAGGUCCUUCUGGUCAUGGAAAGACCAUUCCCAUGUAACAUCAUGAAGCAGCUGGUGGAUGCAGCCUUAACAACGCACACCAAAGACGUCUUCCACGGUGACAUCAAGGCUGAAAAUCUGCUCCUUGAAACCGGCUCCAGUGACCCUCAAAUGCGGGUCAUCGACUUUGGAUGUGACUGCUUGGUACAGGAAGAGCCAUACUUCAUCUUCUCUGGAACCUCAGCGUACGCCCCUCCAGAGUUGUUAACAUGUGGGAGGUAUGAGGCUGCCCCCACCACAGUAUGGCAGCUGGGUACUCUCCUUUACAAAAUGCUGGAUGCAGAGCAAUAUUUUUCCACCUCUGAGUUCCUCUGUGGGAGAAUUCAUUUCCACAAAGACCUCUCCCAAGCCUGCCAGAAAGUUUUGGAGCAGUGUUUAGCUAUGAACCCAAAUCAGCGGGCCACCUUAGAGCAGCUUCAGCAACAUCGAGCUCGAGUCAACCCUUAA